AUGAUUCUUCCUCGCGCUGCGCUCCCAUCGCAGCUAUCGGCUGUUGCUAGGCACCCCGUGACGCUAUGUCGGCGCAUACAUUCAUCUCCCUUCAGAUCGGCUGUCGCACACCCAGUCACAGCUCACGGUCCUCCCCCUAAAGCUCCUGAUGCCUCGCCAGAAUUUAAGGAACCCGCAGGGUCAAAUGCUCAAGUUGCACCCGAGGUCGAAUUAAAACGGACCCCCAAGCUUACUGCCGCGCUCAAGAAGCGGUUUUGGAAGGACGUCCAUGUGAACGGAAAGUCAGAUGAAUACGAAGUCCUGCUUGACAAGCGACCCGUGAGAACACCCACGAAAGAAGUGCUCUCAAUUCCUCCUACAAAGCCUCACCUCGCCCAUGCCAUUGCCCUCGAGUGGGAUGUGAUGACCUCCGCCCAACAGGCCCUUAAAAGCCAUCUCAUCCCCAUGACAUCCCUCGCAGCCCGUGCGACCGAUAUCGCCCGCGAAGAUGCCCAGGGCGUGGAUACUACCCGAAGCCAAAUCAUCACAACUGCCAUGCGCUAUCUAGACACCGAUACCCUGCUCUGCUGGGAGCCCGAGCGGGAAACUCACUGGUUGGAGCGCACAUCAGGCGAGGGUGAUGGGCCUACCGAGAGCCUACGGGAUAUUCAAAUGCGCGUUGCUAAGGAUAUCAUGGCCUUCUUGUCAACGAAGGUCUGGCCCGGUCUGGAAAUUGUUCCUAUUCUCGACUCUGAGAGCAUCCUCCCUCUCUCCCAACCUAAGGCUACGAAGGAGAGUAUUUGCACUUGGGUUUCGGAGCUGUCUGCCCAUGACCUGGCUGGUCUUGAGCGUGGUAUCCUUGCAUCGAAGAGUCUUCUCAUUGCGGUUCGUCUGCUGACGGAGUGGAGUGAGAACUUCCGCCAUCUUCAGCGCCACGACGCGAACAAGUUCGGCAUUGAGGAGGCAGCUGAGGCAGCAAACUUGGAGGUAAAGUGGCAGACCGAUAUGUGGGGUGAAGUUGAGGAUACCCACGAUGUCGGAAGGGAGGACCUGAAGCGACAAUUGGGCAGUGUUAUUGUGUUGGUCAGCGGAGAGACUCGAUAA